CCUCCAGGGUUCCUGUUCUCCGGCCUCUCCCUGAUGCUCCUCUCCUCCGUGGUGAACGCGUUCGUGGGCUCCACCUGGCUCUUCACAGCCAACCUCUACGUGGGGCUCAUGAUCAUGUGCGGCUUCGUGCUCUUCGACACGCAGCUCAUCAUCGAGAAGGCCGAGAGCGGUGACAAGGACUAUAUCUGGCACUGCGUCGAUCUCUUCCUCGACUUCGUCAACAUCUUCCGGGAGCUCCUCAUGAUCCUGGGCAUGAGCGAGAACAAGAAGAAGGAGAAGAAGUGAAGCGGCCACAGG